AUCUAUGACAGGAAAAAUGAUGCAGUUGGUAAUCAGGAGAUACAUGAUAAACAUAAUGGUGAUAAUCAGGAGAUACACAAUGGAAUAAAUGAUGCAAUGGACUAUGACAGAAAAAUUAAUGCAGUUGGUAAUCAAGCAUGGAUAUACGAUAAGCAUAAUGGUGGCAAUCAGGACAUAACAGGGACAGGACAUACAUCAUCCCACCUAUAUCAUACGGAUCCAACAGGACACACAUCAUCCCACUUAGAUCAUAUGGAUCCAACACUCUUAGGUUUCUUCAGAUUGGAGGAUUUAAAGGUAGGAAAAACAAUGUUCACCAAAUUCCCCAAAACAGAUCCCUUGUCAUCUCUUGUAUUGCUGCCCAAAGCAAAAGCAGACAAAAUUCCUUUUUCCUCAGUGGAAUUCCCAAAACUUCUUCAAUUCUUUCCCUUCUCUCAAGAAUCUCCCCAGGCCAAAGCCAUGGAAGAUACGCUAAGAAAAUGUGAAGCUAAGCCCAUUAAAGGAGAGAAGAAAUUUUGUUCUACAUCCUUUGAGUCCAUGCUUAAUUUUGCCAGAGGGACACUUGGGUUGCAAAAAAACGUCAAUAUUCUGUCAACAGUUCACCUCACGAGAUCAGUUGCCGGACUACAAAAGUACACAAUAAUUAAAGUUCCUGUACGAAUUUCAGCACCAAAGAUGGUGGCAUGUCAUACCAUGCCUUACCCUUAUACAGUUUUCUAUUGUCACUCUCAAGAAAGUGAGAGUCGCGUGUAUAAAGGUUCCCUGAAUGGUGAAAAUGGUGACAGGGUUGAAGCUAUUGCUGUUUGUCACAUGGAUACCUCUCAUUGGAGCCCUGAUCACAUCUCCUUCCGUGUGCUUGGAAUUGAACGAGGAACUUCCCCUGUUUGUCAUUUCUUUGCUGCAAAUCACCUUGUGUUGGUUCCAUCUACUUCAGUUUAGUCCAGAAGUUGUGCUUAAGUUGUUUGCCGUGUGGUGUUAUAAUUUGUUUGGUUGUGAUAUCAAAAGUUUCAUUUUACCAACUCAAAAGGCCAGUCCUGUUGAGGUUCAAUUCGACUAGCAUGAUGUAAUAUGUACAAACAGAUGCAUAUGAUGGAAAUUUGAAAAGAA